AGAUAUUUCACUACAAUCAAUACAGCACAAUAACAGCAUUUGCUUAAGUUAUUAGUUUCCCAGAGGAAAGGGUCUAUCUUGGGCAACGUUACUGCUAAGUCGAGAGCUAUGUACACGCUUAUAAUACAGACAGUAGCUCAGUAGCUAGAAAAGCUCAUUGGAAGUUAGAGCUAGUGGAAAGAUCCAUUAUCGACCAUUCAAACUCUCCAACCUUCCAGACUCCCGUCAACAAUUUCUGUAUCUGUAAACAAUUUACUGCUGCAACGAAAGAAAAUGACUACUGGUCGACGGACGAAAAGAGAUUCCCCAUGGCUAAUUGUCAAAAUGAGAAAAACAACACUUCCUGACAUCCUUAUUGGAUUCUUAAACUGGGACAUUUUGAAAUAGUGUGCAUCUACGAAGCAUUCUUCCUGCUGACGAAUCUUCCAACAUACGUGUUCCAAUAAAUCUCUGUGGAUUAGACUACAAUAAAACAGAUUGGAGAAUGUUUACGACUCGAAUGGUCUGAAAAUGGCUAGAUAUGCGGAAAAUGAUGUAAUUCUCCUCACCUACCCCAAGUCCAAAAUAGCUCUUUGGGACCCUACACCUAAUGGGGAUGCUUUUAACCUACACCUCUCCAAUUACAGAAACCCAAGACUACUUUUAUCUGAGAAAGUGCUUCGCUUGGCUCACCGUCAUGCCCGGCAGGGUAACAAGCCACAGUUUACCUGUUUCUUACUGGGUAAUGUAGUUGUAGAUGCUGAUGAGGAGGGUGUAACUGUGGCUCUAAACCGUUUCGACCUGGGUCGGGAAGAGUUUGAUACUUCUGUCAAGAUCCCCACUGCUCAGUUGCCUGGUGACAUUCUGGUCCCCUGUAUUUUUGGAACCCAAGAGCUGUUUUCUGCUGACAAUGUGUUCUAUGCUGCUGAAGACAAAAUGUCUUUCAAGAUGUUACGCCACUAUUGCUGCAGUCGUGAGCCAAUGGAUCUAGCCAAAAUGCUCAUUCUCAGAGUUCACCUUUGUGGCUCCCAGCACACUGACAACCUGGACUUUGUUCUGCGCUGGGCUGCAGUCACUGUCGCCAACACAAUCAACACUUUGCCGAUCAAACCCAUCCCCAUUAUCCCCACGGCCCUGGCCAGGAACUUGACGGCGCUGUCUAUCUUGGCUCAGCCGUUGAACAGUGUGAACCACAGGCGAGGUUUUUUGACAAUGGAUCAAACCCACAAACUGCUCCUCAUGUUUGAGUCUGACCCUAAGGCCUACACUGUCCCAUUAGUAGGAGUAUGGCUAAGUGGAGUCACUCACGUCUCCAACCCCCAAGUGUGGGCGUGGUGUCUAAAAUACCUGUUCAGCUUCUCCUUCAAGGAUAGAGUGAUGUCAGAGAAUGGGUGUUUCCUGGUUGUCCUAUACUCACUGACUCACAGGGAGCCAGACUUCUACCAGUGCAACCCUGGAAGCAAUGAACAGAAGAUGGAUUUCCAGCUGCUCACGUGCACCAAGUCAUUCACACUCUUAAAGAAUGCGGAAAUGUCAGAGGGACUUACACUCCCGUUUGAGCUCAGUGCAGAACGCAAAACAUGCAAAAAAUUUAGCCUCUUCAGUGAACUGGACUUUCAUCCUGUCCUUACAAGCGAACAUGACUCUGGAGUGGUGGAUGAGGAUUUGUCUCCCAGACCAUCCCCAAACCCACACCCUCUCACUCAGCAGACUAACCGUGUCCACCCCUCAGUGCCUGAACUUUCGCUGGUAAUGGAGGGUAGUUUUAUGGUGGGCUCUCACAUUACUGGCCAAUCCCACAAUGCUCCAACCCCGGAUGUACAAACGACUGGCAGCAUUUCUGCCUACUAUGCCCACUCAGAACCUAGACACCCAGAUCAGGUUGCCCCACUCACUGAAUCUUCACCAAUCAGAAGACCCUUAAUGGUAGUUGCCCACCAAGAUCAUCAACAAUCUCUUUGUUUCAGCAAAAAGUCUAAAUCUCUUUUUAGGAAGCUGGCCAAAGAUGGAUGUACACAAUGUUUAUCAUCCUUAUCUUCCUCUGUGGCGCUCAGCCACAAGCACUUCCAGAGCACCCCCAACUCCAACCUGAAUGUGCCUUGCUCUUGCAUUGACACCCAACUCGACGACCGAACCCCAAUACACCACCCAAACGUCCGACAGGGGACUAGCCCUACUUCACAGCCACAAGUCAACUGCCUUUCCCCCUUCUGCCUUACGCACCCCAAUCAAAACACAGAGUGUCUUACCAUAGGCCCACAAACCUUUUCAACACACACAGAGUGCACUCCUAUAAAUAAAAAUGGUAGAGGUUGCUUUGAGCUACCGCCUCCAUUUGACUACUUGAAACAGUGCCAAGAUUCCUCCCCUGUUGCCACCACAUUGGUGGACCAACAAUUUGUUGUUGGACCAAAUGGAAUCUUACCCACGGAUGCCUACCAGAUCCUUCAAGACCAGGAUCGACAGCUUAAGUUUUUGCAAGCUCAAAUCCAAAAACUACUAGAGUGUCAGGAGAAGCCAGUCUGCCAAUUGCCAUCUACAGAAGGGACAGCCUUUCAAACCAAUCAGACUUUUCCAGCACAACUUGCAUUGAAUAAAGUUAACAUUGCUGUAGAAACAGGUGCCAGUCUUUUUUGGGGGGACCCGGAUGUUCCUUCAUAUGAAGAGUGCUCACAGCAGGACUGGCAUGCAGACUUUGACCCUGAUGUCCCUGAUGCCAACAUACUUCAAGAAAUGAAGAAGGAGCAACAUGUGUCAGGUUCACCUUCAAACCAGUCGAUGCAAAGGUAUGGGGUAGAUCAUGGAAGCAGUUGUUGCCAGAGCCCAAAGUUGGGAGAGAGUGCCUCCAUGUACAGCCAGCCCUUGUCCCCAAAGAGAGAGAUCCCUGUCAGACAGGAUAGUAGAAAAUUGAAGGAUGAGCACAUGUUUUAUCAGCAGCUAUUGGGCCAAGUGAAUAGUCGUCUCCAGGACACUGUGAAUGAAGAGCUCCAGAAGGAGGCAAUAGAAUAUUCAAGUACUUCUAUCUUGGAAAGGCACAGCCUGUCCUCAGAAGGCUUUCCAUGUGAAUCAUCUUCAAACUACAGCUCUGGCAUCUGGAAGCCAGCGUCUAGCUCAGAGCACACAGACAUGGACCAUGUGUUCAGUGCCACACUACCACAGCUGAAUCAGCUAGGGGUCAAUAUGGAACUGGAUUUUGCCAACGCACACAAAGCCACACGUGUUGUUGUAGAAACUGCUAGCACCUUGGCUUACAUCAGUCCAGAAGCAGUGUUGCCCAGACUGACCCUUCCAAAGGUCAUGGACACCAACAUGUGUGACCUCACUGGCAGUGGAGACCUCAGCUUGGAAGCUAAUGCCAUUGCUUAUAAGUACUUGAAUGAUUCUCAGCUUGCCAAGAUGUCCUCCAGGCCCAAGCUCCGCCCCAAUGUCACUGUGCUCUCAAGGCAGCCAUCAACCGAUGUUAGCCCUAUGGGACUAAGCCUGUUCUCUCCUAGCAACAUGUCCAUGGCUACGCAAAAAUACAUGAAGAGGUAUGGACUGGUUAAAGGGAACAGCAACCAAGAGAUGUAUGGGGAAAUGGAUGGUACUGUCAUUGUCGAAGUUGAUCAGGUCCAUCAGCAGGAGCAAAAGAUAGGUUUUGUUCAGAAAAACGAUUCAAAUGAGCUAGAACCCUCCUCAGGUGUUCUCUUUUCCCAGUCACAGAACCUGUGCUUACAAAGGCAACUGUGUCCCAAAACGUUUUUCAACCAUGACACCAAAUCAAGUCAAGAAAAGAACUGUGCACAGCAGCUGCUGUCUGUAUGUGAAGCACAUGAGGGGAUUCCACUGCCAGAAGGAGGGUCAGUUGGAAAUUUCUUAGACUUAAGUAGGCUACAUCAGCUCCCAAAGUUAUUUUAGUUGACAUACAGAAUCCAGUGCAAAGGCAGUCUUGUUAAAAUACUAGUUUAAUACUAUUUUUUCUUCUCUUAUUGUUCAAGAUGUAACAAAACUGUUAACAGAUUGGUUUUGUGUCCCAUCAGUUUUAUGACUUAUUGCCUUAGUGCACUAUUGCUCAUUGUUGGUUUUCCAUAUUGAACGGUAAAAUUAUUAGGAAUGUCCAAUUAGUUGUAUUUCUGUAUCAUCUAUACUUCUUAGAGAAAAUGUUUUAUACCAUGCCUAUGACAUGGCAAAAUGUCCAUAGUUGCUACGGUUUAAUUAAAUAGUUUUAGCAUUUAUUUUCAUUUGUUUCAUUGAGUCAUUUAUUGACCAUUAGUAUCAGUAAUAACAAUUUAAAAAAAGUUUAAUACAAAAACUAGCAGCAAGCUAACUCAAGAAUUUACAAUUAGCAUUGGAUGUUUUAGUCCCUUGAUAAAUCACAUCUCAAUGUCAAAAGACUUUCUGGUACCAUGCUUUUCCAGACUCCAAUCUCUCUCAUCUACAUUAUUUAAGUUGCAUUUUUAAGUUGUUUUGUCCUUACCAGGUGAAAAUGUAAGUAUUAAAACUUUACAUGAACAAUUUCACAUUCUUUGCAAGUCUAGUUUGCCUUUGCUGUCUUGUAUUUUGCGUAUUUGAUUUCUUGAUCUGGAAUGGGCGUCAUCAGAUCUACUAGUCACAUUUGUUUAGGUACAAGGUGCCUUUUAGUUGGCAUUUCUGUGUUUUAUAUUUGUUUCAAUAUCCUUACAUUUUAUAUCAAAUGUUGAUUUUACUUAAGUUUUCCUAUUAAAAGUGCAUUAUGUGGGCUGA